AAUUCAACAAUAACGUCACUCUUUUUCUCUAGCAAACAAGAUUCUCACUCUUCAGUUGGCAUCCAAAGUCUCUCUCUUUCUCUCUUUCUCCCUCUUUGAGGUGACUAAAGAUCGGUUCUUGGCAACAAUGAAGUUUUCAACUCGGCUCGACUCAGCUGUUUUUCAGCUCACUCCAACUCGAACCAGGUGUGAUUUGGUUAUAUCAGCAAAUGGAAAGACGGAGAAAAUAGCUUCUGGGUUGGUUAAUCCGUUCCUUGCGCACUUAAAGACUGCACAGGAUCAAAUGGCCAAGGGGGGUUACUCAAUUAUCCUUGAGCCAGAGCCUGGAAAUGAUGCUACAUGGUUUACAAGAGGAACAAUUGAAAGGUUUGUUCGAUUUGUGAGCACUCCAGAGAUUUUGGAACGCGUGUACACCUUGGAAUCUGAGAUCAUACAAAUAGAAGAGGCAAUAGCAAUUCAAAGUAAUAAUGAAAUUGGGUUGAACAUGGUAGAAGAUCAUCAAGCAAAAUCUGUGGAACGCAUUGAAGGUACCAGGCCUUUGCUAGAUUCUAAUGAGGAGAAAGCCAUUGUCCUUUACAAGCCUGGUGCACAGCCACCUGAAGCAAAUGUGUCAGUAGCGCAGGAGGGAAAUUCAAAAGUUCAGCUUAUGAAAGUUCUGGAGACACGCAAAACUGUGCUGCAGAAAGAGCAAGGCAUGGCCUUUGCUCGUGCUGUAGCUGCUGGUUUUGACAUUGAUCACAUGGCACCUUUGAUGGCAUUUGCUGAAACUUUUGGAGCCUCACGCUUAAUGGAUGCAUGUGUGAGAUUUAUGGACUUGUGGAAGAGAAAGCAUGAAACUGGCCAAUGGGUUGAAAUUGAAGCAGGGGAAGCAACAUCUAGCCGUUCUGACUUCUCUGCCAUGAAUGCAUCUGGUAUUGUUCUUUCCAGUGCAAUCAGCAAGCAGUGGCCUGAAACUCCAGAUAGUAAUGGGAAAAUAGGUGUCGACUCACAUUCAGAUGAAAAGCCUCCCAUGGAUCAACAACCAUUUUCGAGCCAGCAAGAAUAUUUUCAAGGCCAGUUUCCACAUCCUAUGUUCCCUCCAUGGCCUAUUCAUUCUCCACCUGGUGCAUUGCCUGUCUUUCAGGGAUAUCCCAUGCAAGGCAUUCCUUACUAUCAGAAUUACCCAGGAAAUAGCCCAUUUUUUCAGGCACCAAAUCCAUCAGGGGAAGAUACUAGAGUUAAGGCUGGUCGAAGAAAGGGACGGAGAAGGCAUUCCAUGGAUAGUGGGGAUGACGACCCUGACCAUGAAACAGGGGAAGUGGAUAUGGAGUUGGACAAAGAAACUUCAGGAAAUCAAGAACCAGGGAAAAAGUCUAGUCGAUCAAGUAGAAAGCAAUCUGGCAUGGUAGUUAUUCGGAACAUUAAUUAUAUCACUUCAAAGAGGCAGGAAUCGUCUGAUAGUGAUUCACAAUCAGCCUCAGGUUCUGAAACUGAUGAGAAUGUGGGAGAUUUAUCAGAGACUAAGAACUCUAGGAGAACCUCAAAAAGGAAAGGAAGCCAUGCAAAAUCUACAGAUAGGUUGGAUGUGUCUGAUAGGGAAGGAAAAAUUCAAGGGAAUGAGGCAGAUGGGGGACAUUGGCAAGCAUUUCAAAAUUAUUUACUGAAAGGUGCGGAUGAAGCUGAACAUGCUGUGGAUAAAGGUAUGUUUGCGAUGGAAAAGAAUGUUCGAGUUAAAAGGCGACAAAAUACAGCAGGAGACGACCCUUUAGAUUUUGAUGGACGAGAGAUAGUUGAUACUCAAGAAGGGAAUACGACAGAUAUGCAGAGAAUUAGUGGAAACUUUGCCCGCAUGAAGGUCUCAAAUGAUGAAUCAUUGAUAUCAAAAAGAAUGGGUCAAUCUAGCAAUGGCGAAAGCUUCACGGAUGGUCCAAUGGAUAUUCAAUCUGCAGAAAGGAGAGGUAGAUAUAGGAGAUCAACCAAUGAUGAUUUUAUGAUACAUGGACAAGAAAAUCAGUCAGGUUUUUUAAGUUCAUCAAAUCCAUUGGCAGUAAAUGGAUUUGUGCAUCCUAACAAAGAGUUGUACCAGAGUUCAUCCCAUAAUAUGGAUGAUGAUUCUUAUGUGGUUUCAUUGAGGUCAACCUCAGUGGAUCAAAUUGGAACUGGUGGAAGGCAUGCAAUUGACAUGGAUAAUGAGUUUCCAUCAGCUCGGGUAGAAAACUCAUCUAAUAGGGAUGGAAGCCAAGUCAAAUAUGAGCCAGAUGAUUUAAAUUUGAUGCCUGAGCGUGGUGCAGAAAAGGGGACAGUUGGUUAUGACCCUUUAGAUUAUGAUAUGCAGGUUCAUGCUGAAAAUAUUGCUUCAUUGGACAAGAAAAACAGGGAGGCUGUUACUGGUGUCAGGCAAGGCACUAAAAAGGUGGACAAGGACCGGAAAUCAAAACUUGUUCCAGAUAAAAAGACAGUGGGACCAAUAAGGAAAGGGAAACCUUCAAAGUUGAGUCCUUUGGAUGAGGCCAGGGCACGUGCUGAGAAGCUUAGAUCAUUUAAGGCCGAUCUACAGAAAAUGAAGAAAGAAAAGGAAGAGGAGGAAAUAAAACGUCUGGAAGCUUUGAAGUUGGAGAGGCAGAAGAGAAUUGCUGCCCGAGGCAGCUCCAUUCCUGGUCAGCCAUCUUCACAGCAAACCAGAAAACAAUUGCCAACAAAACUUUCUCCAAGCUCUUACAAAGGAUCAAAGUUCAGUGAUUCAGAGCUUGGAUCAGUAUCACCCCUGCAAAGGUUCCCUGUCAGAACUGUCUCUGCAGGAUCUACUGACUCUCUUAAAGCUUCGAAAUCCAGCAAACUGAGCACCGGCAGUCACUCUGCAGGAAAUAGAGUAAGCCGGUCAGUAUCGUCAUUGCCUGAACCAAAGAAACAGAAAAAUAGUCUAACGCCUGAUGCAAAGACAUCCAUGGCUCGAAUUAGAAGAUUAUCAGAGCCUAAAUUAAGUAGCAGUCAGAAUGCUACUUCAGUUAAGCCACGAAACACUGAGCCAGUAUCAAAGCCAAAAGUAUCAAAUGGACCUGAAAGCAGGAAAAUAUCUGCAAUUGUCAACCAUGAUAAAGACAAGAUUGCAUCUCUUCCGGAACUGAAAAUUAGAACCACGAAGGGAUCUGAUGUUCCCCAUGGCAAAUCAGCUGGGAAAGAAAUACCCCAUAAUAAACAGAACGGAAGUAAGUCUAAUACCACUUCCGAAGUUACUGAAGUGAAAAGGAAUACUGAUAAAAAUUCAUAUCAUAGUGAUGGGGAUGGCAGCCCAAUAAUCGAAAAGACUGUUGUGAUGCUAGAAUGUGAAAAGCCCUCCGUUCCUUCUGUGCUUACAUCAGGAGAAACUAGGGAAACGCAAAAGGGGCACUCCAGUAAUAAUAUAACAGGAGAAAAAACUGAGACUGUGUCAAACUAUGCAGCGAUCCGAGCACCAGUUUCACCAAUUGCGACGGAUGAGAUUGACAGAGAACCUAGUGAACACCAAUUACAAGUGCUACCCAGUACAUAUAAGGUGACAAGUGAAAAUGCAGGUAAUAUAGUGAAGGAACCACCUAAGCAUUCAAGCACUGGCAUUGCUGAAAAGCCAUACCAGGCUCCUUUUGCUCGGGUCUCUUCUCUGGAAGAUCCAUGCACCCGAAAUUCGGAGUACAGCAAAGCACCUCCAACUAGCUCACAGACAGCAACAGCAGGCAUGGAGACUGUUAGAGCUCAGAUAUAUGAUCCUAAAAGCUUAAAAUUAGAAAAGAUCCCUGAAGCAUUGGAUAAGCCCCAGGCAAAAGAAUCAUCAAAAGGGUUUAGAAGGCUGCUGAAAUUUGGAAAAAAGAGUCAUACUACCAGUGAGCGUAAUGCUGAAUUGGACAAUAUCAGUGUGGAUGGUUCUGAGGCGGAAGAUACAAAUGCAAAUAUUGCUACUUCUAGUGAAGUUCAUACAUUGAAGAAUCUAAUAUCCCAAGAUGAAACCCCGACUGCUGGAACCACUCCUCAGAAGACUUCGCGCCAUUUUUCCUUGUUAUCACCCUUCAGAAGCAAGAACAGUGAAAAGAAGCAGUAUGCUUGACAAUGUGCAUGCUUGAGAAUGUGAAUGCUGUUAAAUUUGAAGGUGAGGAAGCGAAGCGCUCGUCUUAUUUUACACCAUUUGGGUUGUGAAUUGUUUACAGAAUUUUGUGUUUAUUCAUUUUCCCUGUCUUGUAACUGUAAAAAGACAAAAAACAAGAAAAAACUGAAAAAAAAAUGAUAUAACUAUGUUGCUAUAGAAUUGAUGAUGUAUGUGCAUUCAUGUUCCAAUUUCAUAUUUCAAAGUUAUUAUGGUGAAUCAAUUUUGUAA